AUGGGCCGCAUUAGCACCAAAACUGUGAAGAAGGUGGCCCGGGUCAUCAUUGAGAAAUACUACAUGUGCCUGGGUAAUGACUUCCACAUGAACAAGCGCGUGUUGUAUGGGGCACGUCUGAUGGUACCAGCUCGCCGGGGACUCAUCGUGGUCAUCUCCUCCACUGGGGGUCUGCAGUACCUCUUCAAUGUCCCCUAUGGUGUGGGCAAAGCUGCGUGCGACAGAAUGGCUGCUGACUGUGCCCAUGAGCUACGGAGCCAUGGUGUCAGCUACGUGUCUCUGUGGCCAGGGCUGGUGCAGACAGAAAUGAUAGUGGAGGCCAAGGAGGACUUGGCCAAGGAUCCUGAGUUCAAAGAGGCACAAUACCGCGGGGGCAAGUGUUAUCCUGUGGUGUGUGAUUCAAGCCAGGAGAGCCAAGUGCAAAGCCUGUUUGAGCAGGUGGCCCGAGAGCAGCAGGGGCGUCUAGAUGUGCUGGUCAACAAUGCCUAUGGAGGAGUCCAGACAAUCAUGAACAAUAUGAAGAAAACAUUCUGGGAAGUCCCCGCCUCCAUGUGGGAUGACAUUAACAAUGUUGGACUCAGAGGCCACUACUUAUGCUCAGUGUAUGGGGCACGUCUGAUGGUACCAGCUCGCCGGGGACUCAUCGUGGUCAUCUCCUCCACUGGGGGUCUGCAGUACCUCUUCAAUGUCCCCUAUGGUGUGGGCAAAGCUGCGUGCGACAGAAUGGCUGCUGACUGUGCCCAUGAGCUACGGAGCCAUGGUGUCAGCUACGUGUCUCUGUGGCCAGGGCUGGUGCAGACAGAAAUGAUAGUGGAGGCCAAGGAGGACUUGGCCAAGGAUCCUGAGUUCAAACAGAUUAUGUCUGAUUUCUCAAUUGCAGAGACCACAGAAUUGAGUGGCAAAUUCAUUGUGGCUUUAGCAACAGACCCCAAUAUCCUGAGACUAAGUGGGAAGGUAUUGCCAUCUUGUGACCUUGCUCGACGCUAUGGCAUUAAGGAUGUAGAUGGCCGCCCUGUCCAUGACUAUCUAUCCAUGAAAUUUCUUCUGACACACACUUCCAAGCGGGGCUGGCUGGCCAGCUACAUACCCAGCUUCCUACGAAUGCCCAAGUGGAUGAUAACCCUCUAUGCCAGCAAGUUCUGA